AUGACAGAGACAGUAGUCUUGGCACCAGUAGCAGAACCUCUGCUCCUAGAUGAAAAGCAUGAUGGUGUUAUGCUGUCCACAUCGCAUUUGAAAGAGAAGGCAAAAAUAUCCAAAAACUCGGACCCAUCGGCUUCGAGUCCGGUUUCCGGCCGAGGCUCAAGGUCCGACGUCGAUGCCUCGGAGCUCUCUAAAGACACCUCGCCUUCUCUGUUUGAAGAACCUCGAAAUACCGACUCACUGGUCAAUAAAGUGUCGAGACUCUCUGAAGAUAUCGAUCCGCUCACGAUUACUGAUGAACCUGGUAUGCUCCAUUCACCUUCACAUCCGUCGUCGAGACCCUUGCAUUCCGUUAAAUCCCAAUCUACGCCGAUUAUACUGAGGCGCCAUACCACUCCACAUCCCAAAAGUUCCCACACUAACAACGAACGUCCUCAGGUGCAACCGAAGCGUUCGCUUGAUAACAAACAUGCUCGGCCGGUGAUUCGAGCAACCUUCCCAUCUUUCACGAAAGAGUCAAAAGAGCAACAUCGUCCAGAUUUUGUGCAUUCAGAGCUCGCUAAAAUGCGAGAUGCACUUCUGACCAAAAGAAAAAAGAAGAAAAGAGACCUAGAACUUGCAUUAGACGAAGAAGUUCUAGUAGGUAACAAAAUCAGCGAGGGACACGAAAAUUUUGUCAUGGCGUACAACAUGUUGACAGGUAUACGUGUUGCAGUCUCACGCAAUGCUGGCGUAAUGAAAAAGCUCGAUGAAUCUGAUUUCAAAAAAACUACGAAGCUUACGUUUAACAUGGAUGGAAGCGAGCUAACUCCAUCUUCAAAGUACGAUUUCAAGUUCAAGGAUUAUAAUCCUGCCGUGUUCAGAGAACUUCGAACCAUGUUUGGCAUUGACCCUGCAGACUACCUCGUUUCCAUCACUGGCAAGUAUAUUCUAUCAGAACUAGGAUCGCCAGGUAAAAGUGGUUCUUUUUUCUACUAUUCGCGAGACUAUCGCUUUAUCAUCAAGACGGUUCAUCAUUCGGAGCAUAAGCAAUUACGCAAAGUUCUUCGUGAGUAUUAUAAUCACGUAAAGGAGAACCCCAAUACCCUUAUCUCCCAAUUUUAUGGGCUCCAUAGGGUCAAAAUGUCUUUUGGUAGUGGAUACCGCAAGGUUCACUUCGUCGUCAUGAACAACUUGUUCCCUCCCCAUAGAAAUAUUCACUUGAAGUAUGAUCUCAAGGGCUCAACAUGGGGAAGAAUUACCCGAAUUCCUCAAGAAUGUUUGAAGAGUGGAGACUUGUCGCAACUAACACUCAAGGAUCUUAACUGGCUUGAGAGACACGAGAAGAUUAAGUUUGGGCCAGAGAAGCGAAAGGCUUUUUUCACGCAAUUGAAAGCUGACGUCGAACUUCUCAAAAGAAUUAACGUGAUGGAUUAUUCUCUUCUCAUUGGCUUACAUGAUGUGAAGAAGGGCAACACAUUGGCAUCUACUAAGAAGCUUACUGUUUUUGAUCCAAAAUCCACCAACAAGUUCGAGUUGAUCAACACAAAUCCUCGCAAUUUGGACAGAACUGCUGAUUUACCGUCAAACGUAUAUCCUGGAAGGUCUAAGUAUGUCUUCUAUGGCCACGAUGGUGGUAUUCGAGCCACUAAUGAAGAUAACGAACCGCUUCAAGAGAUCUACUACCUCGGUAUCAUUGACUAUUUAACUAACUACUCAUUUCGCAAAAGGUUGGAGACCUUCUGGCGGUCAAUGAGGCAUCCAAGGUUGACGAUUUCGGCGGUUCCUGCUCUGGAAUAUGGCGACCGGUUCUUCGCUUUUAUUCAGAACGGCACCACUAGGUCGAAAUCGAAAGUGGAUUAG